GACAGGCUGGUAAUUUACUAGAGAUUCACAUGAAGGAGGACCUGUAAACUACAAAUGUACAAAAAAUGGUAUGGAGGGGCAUCAUGGGAAAUCUCGGAUCCAUAUGUCACCCUCUGCUGCGUUAACUAUUUCCUCUUUAAUCUGUUUCUCAUAUGCUCAUGUGAUAUUACACAUCAAAUGUGACCAGUUUCCACAAUCACCAUUUCUACAAAGUGCCAUUUUACAUCCCAGCAAAUUAAUUAUGAGCUAUCACAACCUUUCCACUUGUGCAACCAUUACAAUGGGUCAUUCAUGAAGAUGAUGUAAACUGAGGUAAACUACAGGUUCUGCGCAUCUGUCCUGUUAUGUUGAAGUUGGACUUAAACUGCAGGGAAAAACAAACCAGAAAACAUUCCACUCCUCGCACAGGUUAUUUCCUCAGUGACAUCACAGUCUAGCUCUGUCUGUUAGUUUUAGAGCCGACCUAACAUCUGCGUUUUCCUACAGCUCUGCCUGGUUGCCGUUUCACUGCUCAGUCCUCUGUUAAACCAUGAGGGUCUUCCUCCUGCUCUGCCUGCUGGCACUAGGCAAUGCCAAACCCUACCAGCCAAUCAAUGUCAUGGACUUCAUGAAAAACUUUGACGUAAUGAUGGCUGAUGCGGAUGAUGAUGAUGACGACGACGACGAUGAUGACGAUGAUGACGAUUAUGAGGAUGAGAACUGUCCAGCUGGUUGCCGUUGCUCACCAGGAGUGGUGCAGUGUUCCGACCAAGGUCAGAUCUCUGUGCCCGAGAAGAUUCCCGAGGACACUCUUCUCCUAGAUCUCCAAAACAAUGAUAUCACUGAGAUCAAGGAGGACGACUUUAAAGGCCUGAACAGGCUUUAUGGCCUGUUCCUGAUCAACAACAAGAUCUCCAAGAUCCACCCCAGGGCCUUCAGAAACAUGGAGCGUCUCAAACUGCUGUACCUCUCCUACAACCUGCUGACUGAGAUUCCUGCUAACCUGCCUCCUAAUGUAAUCGAGCUACGCUUCCAUGAAAACAAGAUCAGCAAAAUCCAGAAGGAUGCAUUUAAAGGUCUGAGGAAGCUCCAUGUGCUAGAACUGGGUGCCAACCCUCUGGCCAACAGUGGGAUUGAGCUGGGAGCUUUUAACGGCUUGUCAAGCCUGUAUGUCGGCAUGGCAGAGGCCAAACUAACUGCUGUGCCAAAAGACCUCCCAAAUGCCAUCACAGAGCUGAACCUGGACUACAACAAGAUCUCUAAAGUGGAAGUAGAAGACUUCAUCAGAUAUAAGAAUCUGCUCAGGCUAAGACUGGGUUUUAACCAGAUCAAGUCUGUAGAAAAUGGGAGCUUUGUCAGCAUCCCAAAUGUCCGUGAAAUCCACCUCGACAACAACCGUUUGAGAAAGGUCCCACCAGGCCUCAGCUCCCUGCGCUACCUUCAGGUGAUUUUCCUCCAUGGCAACAAAAUCAGCACUGUUGGAGUGAACGACUUCUGUCCCAUCAGGGACGGUGUCAAGAAGUACCUGUACACAGGCAUCAGUCUGUUUGCCAACCCUGUUAAAUACUGGGAAGUCCAGCCAGCCACUUUUCGCUGUGUGACCGGACGGAGGGGCGUCCAACUUGGAAACUUCAGAAAAUAGAAGCAUUAAGUGAAACCAAUGCAUUCCAGACAGCUCAGAAAUAUAGAACUGCCAAUAUCCUCGUUACAGCAUGAGGAAGGAGCUGGAAAUAAUUCUGACAGAUAAAACGAGAUGAAACUGCAUUCCUAAGAUGUUAACUGUUCAGGGAAUGAGAGAAAAUGCCAUUAUAUUGAUGUAUAUUAGAAACUGUAGUACAUGUUGUUAAAUGCUGGUACAAUUUACACACAAAAGUUCUCAGCCAGAAGAAAAAAUGAAACAAAACUGUCUGGUUGUAUGUACGGAAUAAGAAAAUUAAGUCAUAAGCUACAACACCAAGACAAUGUUUUCAGUCAGUAAAGUUGGGGUGGAUAUAAUAACAUUAACAGCUGUACAUUAUAAUGAAAUUCAACACAAGAGCCCUGCCUACCUUUGUGGGGUGCAUUCCCUAAGGUUAACCUUACAUUUUGUCUUUCUUUUGCUGUGCAAACUUUCCCAGGACUAAAGCGCCUCCUUCUGGUCAGUUUUGGAGCAAUACAACCCAAAGACUUGACUUGAGCAGCAUUAAAUGCUGAUGUCUUUUUAAUUCCUUCCUUCGUCAUUCAAAAAUAAAACCACAUUUAAUGAGACACAACAGACACAUUUGUCUAAGUUUAAGUUGUCUUUGAAACACAGUGUUUUCCCCUCAUUUCUUUUUAUAUAACACUUAGGUAUUUGUAAAGACAUUGUCAUUAUCACGGAAGAGUCACUAUAGGUCACAUUUGUAACAUAACAGGAUCCUUAAAAUCUUUUCCUCCCAGCAGAAGUCUGUACAGUUGAUUAAUGACGGUGGCAUUAUUUAGUGCAAUAAGUCACUUCUAUCCUGAUGUCUGUCCUGAUGUUUUAUAUUAUCUCAUUGCAUGUCUGUAUUGUUUUUAUUUAGUAGCUGAAAGCUACAUGUGAGACUGGAUUACACAUCGUCCUUGAUGUAAACCUGAAACAUCACAUUGUUUUAUGAAUUAUAGCAACCAAGUGAAAUACAGUUAUAUUUGAAAUUAAAAGCAGGUAACGUAAUUCCCAACCCUGAAAGCAACUUCUUUACAUGUCCAACAUGUUCUUGUUUCGUCCAGUGAUCUCUCCUCUGAAAUGGUGCUAUAUUUAUUUAGUAUGUCUUUAAAUAAAACCUGGAACACC